CAGAUUCUGAGAGAAUCGCGCCAGUAUUAACUAUCAACUAGCCCAGUCGCUGGGACAAGUCAAUCGCAGUUCUCCUCACUCUGCGUGGCCUUCUCAAUGGUCGCUAGAAUAGCAUCAUGACGCCCAGACGACUUGUCUGGCCUGGACGCCGCCUCGGACUGGCAGCCCUGAAAAACCAGCGCCAUGAUGCUUCUUCACUUUUGCCAUUGAGAUGCGGGCGACAAAGCACUGGCCAGCGCAGUCUAGCGUCCCUCACAGCUUCGUCCAAUGUACAGAGUCAUUUGUUUUCAGAGCUGACGCCGCCCAGCGUUCGGCCCGAGUUGGGGAUUCUCCUGGAAUCCAUCAAGAAGCGCAACAUGUCCCGAAUCGGCUGGGAAUUCACUGCCUGGACCGAUAUUCUAAGCGAUGUCAAUCUGCCAUAUCAUGAAGCUGCAGUUCGAGAAGCCCGAGAGCUUCCUGUGUCGACCUUUUCCGAGAUUCUGCGCAGUAUUGACCCGAUACAGUCUCCUGAAGCUGAUAUCGCACAUGGGCUCAACCUCACUCCGGCACAUGCGCAGUUCACCUUUCCCGGCAUGCUGCUAAACCAGUUCGGUGUGCGCAAAGUCCAUCACGGCAUCCUCCAGGGCGUUCGAACCCUCAUUGAGAUCCGCAGCCAAGCCCCGCCGUCUCACAGCCCAACGGCCGCAGACUUUGAAGUAGCCAUGAGAUGUGCCGGCGCAGCAAUGGACCAUCAACAGGCCAAGGCAUUCUGGACCGCCAUGGCAGCUCAAGGCUUGCAGGACUCUCGAUCGUCAAAGUCAUGGUCAGACUUUAUCAAGGCUCGUUUCAUGGUAGAACCCGUCUAUUACCAGUUCGACCGCUCCAGAGUUGCUUUCCUUGCGCGAGACCUGUACAGCAACCACAAUCCGCUUCCGGUAUCGAAGCUUGAACGCCUAGACAACAUCAGAUUCAGCAUCAAUGCGCUGAAGAGAGAGCCGUGGAACCGCAGACCAGAUCAGUUGGACGAAGACUUGCGGCGUCUCCUCCGCCGGCGCGCAGGCUACACGAGCUACAAGAACCACUGGAUACGCAAUCUCUACUACGGCCACGAAAUGGACGAAGAGCUACUGUGCACCUCCAUGAUUGCCUUUGCCAGGUCCAGCUCAGUCUAUUCCAUCAAGAAGCUGAUCCUGGAGAGCUACUACGGCAUCGUCGUCACCACCACCGAAGAAGGCGGCAUCCAAGUCUCCGGAGGCCGCGACUUCGCCCACAACUCCCCCCUGAAACCGACCUCCCGUCUCUUGCACGCCAUCGUCGAGGCCUUUGGAUCCAUGUCACACAUCGUCCUCGGCACGAAGCUGCUGGACUUUAUCUCCCGCCGCUACGGCAUCGCCAUCCCGCACGAGACGUGGUCUGGCCUCCUCAGCUGGACCUACGUCUCGGCCUCCAAGCCCUUCAAGCGCACCCGCGACAUCCACACCGGCAACUUAUCCACGGCCACUUCCGCCGCCGACGUCCGCCACAUCUGGGACGUCAUGACCGCAGAGCCGUACAAUAUCACACCAACACUAGCCGACCUCGACAUCUACGUCAAAACCCUCAUCAACCAGCGCUCCGUCGGCCACGCCAUCACCGCCAUCCGCACCCACGCAAUCCCCCUCUACACCUCCCUCUGCACCCGCCAUCAAACAUCCCUCGCCGACGAAGUCCUCCAGCUCGACGCCCUCUACUCCAUCUCCACCGCCCACGCCUCCUCCCUCACCUCCAGAGCAACCUUUCGCCGCCGCAAGGCCCAGCUCCUCAAAGACCACGCCCACCACACAAUCUCCUCCUGGCUCGCCCGCCUCCUAAAGUCCGCCUCCGCCACAAAAUCCCGCCAGGGCUCCCUCAUGCGCGUCCGCAUCCCGGACCUCCUCCUCGAGUUUUCCGACUUCUUCCACCACGAGAUCCGCUACCGCACCGCCCAGGGCCACGUCGUCCUGCGCCGGCCCGAAACCGACGUCACACGCCGCUUCGACUGGGACGCGGGGACUUUCCGCCGAACCUUGCCGCAGAAGAAAGCCGGUCUGUAUGCGCGAGAGUUUGAGGGCGCCAGUGAUCCCGAGUUUCCCUGGCCGCAGGUUGACAGCAUCAAGGUGUUGGAGUGGAAGAGGGUGCCGAGGAAGAGAUCUGAGUUGGCUCGUCGGCCGCCGGGCGAGGCGGCGAGGGAGUCGAGGGCGAAGGGAUGGUGGGAUGCUCUAGAAGAAGAAUUGAUGCUGUAGACUCUGUUUCCUUCUUCUUUCUUCAGGAUACAUGUACUGCAUAUAAAGGGGGUUGAUAGAUGGAUUCAUUUGUCUAUAGAAGAUUGUCUAUAAGAGCAUCUACAUAGAAGCAAAAGUAAAAAAAGAUAAAAUGAAACAACCUUAUUGAGGUAAAUCUGAAUCUCAAAUGUACAUCUCAC